CUUAGCUAUCUAAAAGCAAUGGCUAAAAAAUAAACUUCAAUGAAAAAAACCUUAAGAUCAACUUUAAAUUUAAGAUUGAAAAUUUAAAUUUUAGCUGAUAAGUACAAACAUGCAUAAGUGAAAAUAUGAGGCCGUCAUUAUGGAUUAGGCCUGACGCUAGGAAGGGUAUACACGUAACCUAUAUUCAUACCCAAUUUUUCCCAUAACCAUUUCAUAAUUCUUUUUAGACUGGUACCAUUUCAUAAUUAGCUUUACCCAUAUCCAUUUGCUAUCUUUUCUAUCUUCCAUUUGCCAUAGAACUCAAGCCUAAUCUAGUUUCAUCCAUCAUCCAUCCAUGGACCUGACAGUUGUCAUCUAUCUACCCAUGUACUUACGUUGUUUUCAGGGGCAGUUGCCACAUCAGCCCACAGUUGGUCGUCAGUUGGAGUGACAUCAUCCAUCGCCACCAACAGCCGCGCGCGUCGUCGACGUGGAUCGUCCCACCACCAACGCCCACCGCCUUCUUCUUCUUCGGGAAACACUUUUAAUCACCUUGCAUAAUAACUAAAUGUGUAUGAAAAAAAUUCAAAAAAUUUAACAAGAUAGAUACAUAUGUAAUAUAUCAUCCUACAAGCAUACAAGUUUAAAUUCAAUUUCUAUAAGUUGUAACAAAAAUAAUAAAUCAAACUCUGAUUAGUAUACGUAUAUUCCAGUUAAAUUUGUUAUUUUGUUACAACUUAUAAAAGUUAAAUUUUAAGUUGUAUGUUUAUGUAGUGAUAUAUUAUAUCAAUCUAUCUUAUAAAUUUUUUAAAAUGUUUUCAUGAUGAUAUGUACUUAAUGAGUGGACAUCCACUGAGUGUUUAGAAUCCACCUUCUUCCUCCUCCUCCUUCUUCUUCACCUCUCCACCGCGCGCGCGCUCUCUCUGUCUUGCGCGCAAUGGCGUCGUCGCCCGCCAUUGGCGCGCGCGAGAAGAAGCUCGUCAGGAUCUCGGAUUUCCUACUCCUCCACGACGACAGCGACGGUGCAGGCGGCGCCGACCACGAGCUGCUGCGGCGGCGGCGUCGUCGUCGUCGUCGUCAGGAGGAUGAGGAGGAGGAGGUUGUGGCGGCGGCGGCGGCGCAGGUGGCCUCGCCUCCUUCGCCGGGGACGCCGCGGCUGCGGAUCCCGGGCUUCACGUGCGCGCGCUUACGGUUCGUGAGUUUCCGCGGCGGGAGGGGAGGACGUCGCGACGGCGGCCGGAAGGAGGAGCUCGCCGCCGAGAAGAGCGAGGCCGCGUCGUCGUCGGCGGAUGAGGCUUCAGGACGCGAGGUGGCGGCGGGGAGCGGCAGCGGCAGCGGCGCGUCGUCGUCGGCGGCGACGGCGACGACGACGGAGGCGGCCGCCGGGUUGGGGCUCAGCCUGCUGUUCCUCCUGGCAAGAACGUCCGCCGAGCUCAACAAGAUGGCCGAGGUGCGCGCGCAGAUGGAGGCGCUCCUCAGCGAGAUGAGAGACGAAGCUGCCAUCUGCAAGCGCAACAUCGCCGCCGCCGCGCGCCGCGAGCUUCGCACCACGUCGUCGUCGUCGUCGUCGAUCUCGACUCGUCUCGCUUCGGGAUAUUCGUCGAACACCUCUAGCGCCGGCCGUGCGGCUUCCUCGCCGGCGGCCAACGGCGAGGUCGAGAUCAAGAAGCCGCUGCAGGAAGAGGAGUGGUCGGACGACGGCGAGUUCAUCGAGCUGGAGGGAGGGUUCGGCUUCGUCGCCGGCGGCGACGAGGAAGACGGCGGCAGCGGCGGCGGCGGGGUGUCCGGCGUGGAGCUGGAGAGGAGGCUGCGCGAGGUGCAGCACGAGAGGGACAGGGAGCGGGUGGCGGAGCUGGAGUCGGCGCUGCGGCGGGCGGAGCGGAGGCUGAUGGAGAAGGAGAUGGAGGCGCGGCUGUGGAAGGACACGGCGGAGCUCGCGCUGCAGCGGCCGCCGCCGCCGCCGCUCGCCGGCGGCCGGCAGUGACCAGGCCACUUGUAUGUAGUAGUGACAGUGAGCAGUGUGUUGCUUAACUCUGUUUUGUCAGUGAUAACCUUGUAGUAUGGUACUCGUAAAACUGAGCAGUAGUAGUAGCGUUAGUAGGAACUGUACGGUAACAUAUACUGAUUAUAUCUUGUGUAAGCAAAAUAAUGGAGGGGAUUAUUAUAUUUAAGUCACAUCUAAUGCUAAAAAA